AUGAAGCUGAAUCCUUCCAAGUGUUCCUUUGCGGUAUCGUCAGGUCAAUUCCUCGGCCAUAUCGUGAAUAAAAGAGGGAUAGAGGUAAGCCCAACUCAGGCUAAGGCCCUCAUGCAAAACCAAGAACUAAAAACUCGUAGGGAGGUGCAAGUUUUAACCGGUCAGAUCGCAGCUCUUAGCCGGUUUAUAUCUCGAUUAUUAGAUAAGUGCAAACCGUUCUUUGAUGCCAUAAAAUCUAAGAACAAAGAUAUAUGGGGACCUCAGCAACAGGUGGCCCUCAACCAGUUAAAGCAGUAUAUGGCUAAACCUCCAAUUAUAUCCGUUCCAAAAUCGGGAGAAGUUCUUAUUAUGUACUUAGCAAUUUCCAGCAUAGCGACAAGUGCAGUGCUAAUUAGAGAAGAAGGAAAGAAUCAAUACCCAGUCUUCUACACAAGUAAGACAAUGACGGAUGUAGAGACACGGAUUAGCAAAUGGGCCAUUGAGCUUAGUUCCUUCGACAUAACCUAUGAGCCGAAAGUGUCACACAAGGGACAAGCCUUAGUAGAUUUUCUCUUAGAAUAUAAGGACACUCCCGAAGGACCAGAGCUCCCUAAACCACACUGGGAGCUUCAGGUCGAUGGCUCCUCAAACCAAACAAGUGCAGGAGUUAGGGUUGUUAUAUCAACACCCGAAGACACCAAAUUACAGCAGUCCAUUUGCUUGAAUUUCCCUGUUACUAACAAUGAGGCCAAAUAUGAGGCUUUACUCACUGGUCUUCGAUUGGCUAGCCGGCUUCAGGUACGGUGUUUAAAAGUUUUUAGUGACUCACAACUUCUUGUAAAUCAAGUGACAGGUCAAUACCGUCCCAAAGAAGAAAUGAUGAAAGCAUACAAGGAAGCUGUAGAGAAUGUUACACGAGGAUUCGAUCAAAUCGAAUUCAACCAAGUACCUCGUGUUGAGAAUGCUGAAGCAGAUCAAUUGGCCACAGUAACGUCAUCCUCAAAUAAAGAUCUGACUCGGAUCAUACUAAUUGACAUCUUAGACGAACCUAGUAAUAAUUCUCGGCAAGAGAAAGUCAUUUUCAGGCCCUUACUUGAAAUGUUUAAGCCCACUGAGGCUCUGGUGGUAUUGAAGCAGAUUCAUGAUGGAGAUUGUGGAAACCAUUCUGGGGGUAGAUCCCUCGCACAUAAGGUUCUAACUCAAAGCUACUUUUGGCCAUACUUGGCUCGGAAUGCUGAAGAAUACGCUCGCAGAUGUGAUAAAUGUCAGCGCCACGGUCCAAUGAAGCAUCAACCUGCCGAAGAUUUGCACGUAAUGGCAAAUCUGUGGCCCUUCGCACAAUGGGGGAUUGAUAUGGUGGGCCCUUUACCCAAGACCGUGGAACAAAAGGAAUACGCGCUACUAGCUACAGAUUAUUUCACAAAAUGGGUGGAAGCCAAGGCUUAUUCAAGUGUAACCCAUAAGCAGGUAAAAAGUUUCCUUUGGAAAAGCAUCAUUUGCCAGUUUGGGGUACCAAAGGUCAUUAUGAUGGACAAUGGUACAAACCUUGACAAUAAGAGUACAAGAAAGCUCUUCACCGAACAUGGAAUUGUGCAGAAGCUGGCUACAGUUAGUCAUCCACAAGGAAAUGGGCAAGCUGAAAUAACUAACCGCACCAUUUUCAGUUGUCUAAAGAAGAAGUUGGAGAAACUUAAAACAAAAUGGUACAAGAAUCUCCCUCAGCUCAAACACAGCCUCGAUCUCCUGGACGAAAAGAGAGAUGCUGCAGCAAUUAGGCUUGCUUCGUACCAGCAACAGUUGCGCCGCAGUGAUAACAAACGUGUCCGGUUCAGGAGCUUUGUGCAAAGUCUGUGCAAUAUUAAAAGCAGUCAGGAAUAUUCAUUCGAGGCAAAAUUAAGGCAUUACAGCCUAAAAGACAUGGUUAUAUCAUUCUAA